AUGCACAUUGCCAAUUAUGAGUCAUGCGAGACAGCAUUGCACCGAGUGUUUGGUGAUACCAAGUUGAUGUCAAUCAUUAUGCAUUGUGUUGAAGUCAUCCAUCAAACAUUAGGAUUCAGCUCAAAGUCAAUCAAAGGACGACAAUUACUUAAUCAACAUUGUUUGGCUGAUUAUAUCAAGUAUGGUGCUGUGGAAUGGUUCCACGCCAGCUUCUCCUCAUCACACAUGGUCAACAUUUUCAAUAACAAUCUAUUGUUUGAGGCCAUGCUCCAUCCAAAUCUCAUAAUCUUGGACACCUUGUUGGCACACCCAAGAAUGACUUUGAACAAGGGUGAUAAAGUUGAACUCAAUCAGUUUAUCAACUCACUCAGUAUGUCAUUCCACACCUUUCCAAAAUGGGAGCAAUUAUUGGAGAGGUACCUAUCAAUCGCCGGACCAGCAGCAGAGGAUGGAUACAUCAUAGAUCAUACCUGCUUGGUUCAUAGCAAUGCCCAUCCCACAUUUGUUCGCAAGCUCAAACAGCUUGGUGUUACAUUCUCAUCCGAUCAAUUGAAUGUUAAGGAGGUCGAUGUGCAAUGGCUGGACAAGCCAUGGGCCCCGGAGAUGAUGAUACUUCUGGUCAAGGGAUUGCUGUUGGAUCUUCAAGAUGCUCCAUCACUCAUUCGCAAGGCAAUCAAGAGAUGUGGAACAACAUUGACACCAUUGAUCAAAUAUUCUUUAUUCGAUGCAUCGAAUAAGUGCAACAACAUCACAUUAAUGGCAAAAAUUUAUGAUCUAAUCAACAUCAAGUCAUCCAAAGAUCUCGAACCAUUCUCUCCAUUGUCCACACUGUCUGAUGCUUUGUCCGGAGGACACAUAGAAGCAGUCAACUACAUACUCGACCUCCCAGCCCAACACCCAGACAGUGUGGACAAGAAUGUUUACAUCAUCAAUGACAUCCAUCACAACAUCAUAUCAUUGGCAUUGAUUGAGAGAUUGCUUGCGCACACCAAUUUCAAAUGCUCUUUCCACGAUGUCCUUGGAAAGGCGAUCCGAGCACAGAACAAAGAGGUCGUGGAUAUGUUGGUAAGGGUCGCGGCCCCCCGUCGCAGCAUCAUAAGAUUUGAUCUAGUGUUGGCAUUUCAGGAGGCAUUGGAUGUUGGAGAUGUUGACUCUGCCUGUAUGAUAGGACAUGAUUGUGCGAUCACGUUAUUAUAG